AGUCAGCACUGCGGUAGGUGACAUGAGGGGAGGAGCCGUACUGCGUCACAACGUGUACACGGAACUCCGGCGAGGAUGAGGAAGAGCGAAGGAAGGGCCCGAUGGCCGCCCAGCGAUCCAGUGUCCGCGAUCGCCGAUUUCACCGCUAAGUGUGACCCAGCCAUGUGCCAGUGACCAUGGGUCAGCACCUCUGUAUCUGCGCCCGCAAUACUAUCACCAUAGAAGACAAGAGAUACUUCUUUAUACAGAAACUAGAGGAAGGGGGGUUCAGUUAUGUGGACCUGGUGGAGGGAGUGCAUGAUGGACGUUUCUACGCCCUGAAGAGGAUCCUCUGCCAUGACAGAGAGGGCCGCCAGGAAGCCCAGACGGAGGUGGAGAUGCACCGGCUCUUUAAUCACCCCAAUGUCCUCUCGCUCGCUGGUCACACCUUCGUAGAUCGCGGGGGCAAGAGUGAGGCCUGGCUGUUACUGCCUUAUAUCAGGAAAGGCAGCUUGUGGUCUGUGUUGGAGAAGCUGAGGGAUAAAGGUGCCUCCAUGCCUGAGGGACAAAUUCUGCACAUUUUCCAGGGAAUGUGUGCUGGCCUCAAAACCCUUCACGACAAAGGCUAUGCCCACAGGGACAUAAAGCCAACCAAUAUCCUCCUGGACGAGGACGAGACGCCGAUCCUGAUGGACCUAGGCUCCAUGAACAAGGCUCGUAUUGAGGUCCGAGGAUCCCGAGAGGCCAUGACCAUUCAGGAUUGGGCUUCCCAGAGAUGCACCAUUUCCUACAGGGCACCAGAGCUCUUCAAUGUGGAGAGCUACUGCAUCAUCGAUGAGCGCACGGACAUCUGGUCGCUGGGCUGUGUCCUCUACUCCAUGAUGAUGUUGGAGGGUCCUUAUGACCUGGUGUUCCAGAAAGGUGACAGCGUGGCGCUGGCUGUGCAGAACCCUAUUGUCAUCCCUCAGCCUUGCAAGUACUCACAAGGCCUUCAGACGCUGCUCAGCUCCAUCAUGGUGCCCAACCCUCAGGAACGACCAGACAUCAACUGGGUCCUUGAGCAGAUCCAGAACCUAAACAAACCAGAGCGACCUGAUGAAGCCACUGCUGUGGUAUGAUGCUCCUGAGGAGGAACCUAAGUGUGGUUCCUCUCUUUUUGUUUGGACUCUUCAUAAGGAAUGAGCUGGACGUCACCCUGAACAAACACACCUCUGUGUUGGCAAAUCAAGCAUGUGUAUAUGCACAUAAUACCCUCAGCCUUAUUCAUAACACCAUACCUAUACAGACAGACAGUUGGGAAUAAUGUUGUCCAUCAUUAAAUAAAAACACAUAAUUUUAGUCCAUGUAGCAGCAGCUAUGACAUGCUAAAUGGAAUAAUAAUACAGUGGAUUAUUUUUCUAAGGAAAAUGUUCGUGUUCCUUGUGAUUUGUACUUGUGUUGAUCCAGUUUGUAUGCAGGUUUACCUAAUAUAGUAACCUGAGUUUGUAACUCUAUAAAAAUGGAAAAUUGCUGCCUAAUGAAAGAACGGUUCUUGUAUUAUUGGUUCUAAUUAGGUUAAAUGUGUCUGCAUGUGUAAGUAAAUUACCUGUGGUUGUUUAACACAAAUUUCAGAAAUUGAAUGAGUUGUCUGCCUAGUCCUAUAUUAUGACAUUAAAAUACUACAAAGAUUUUGACCAUUUCAGGCUGAUGUACCCCCUGUAUAUAGUACAGGCAAAUCUUCCAAGCUGUUAAUCAGAAAUGGUGUAAAUUCCCAAAGGGCAGUAGUUUACAUUCAAGAAAAAUGUACUUUCAGGGAGAUUUAGGGUAGUGCUUCCCAAGCCAGUCAUCAGGGACCCCCAGACAGUCCACGUUUAUGCUCCCUCCCAGCUCCCUGCCAGACAGUCCACGUUUAUGCUCCCUCCCAGCUCCCUGCCAGACAGUCCACGUUUAUGCUCCCUCCCUGAGGACUGGGUUGGGAAAUGCUGAUUUAGAUUUUUUUUUUUUCCCCUGGUAGAUUUGUUUUUAAAUGUAGUUCUAUAAACUGAGGGCUAGGUUUGAUCCUUAUAAAGAUUCGUUUUGCUCUUUGGGUUCCAUCGCCGGUGUGUGAGGUCCUUCAUGACUUAUUCAGAGCUUUUUUUUCUUUCUUUUACUAAGCAAACCAAUUUUGAUCCCUGCAGGAUUCUACCCAGAGUCUAUGUAUGUGUUUUUUUUUGUCAAGGAGAACUGCUUUAGUGUUAAACUCUGACAUAUAUCUUUAGAUACUGUUUUUAUUUUAAUCAUAUAUUCUUUAAAUUGAAUUUAUGACUUCAGGUAGUGUAACACAAAGAAAUGUUCUUCUGUGUGAAAGUGAUUAUACUGGUCUUUUGCUGUUACAGAGUUGCAUUUUCAAGUAAUUUAAAAUAAUUUAUUGUACCCAUUACUGCCGAUUACCUUUGUAACUACAGAAGGGUUACCUACCAAUGUACCAAAAUACCUCUAAACAGGUUUGCAUAUCCACCAGGCAUUCAUGCGUUGUUUCCUGUACAUAGAUAUUUAUAAUAAAAUGAAUAUCUAAAAUA